AUGGCUUUGCCUAACCUGUUUCAGAGGCGUACGGCCAAUACAAAGAACUGCUGGGGUUACCGAUUCGAGUGGACGCCUGAUCAUCUUACUCCCGAACAAAUGAAACCGAUGAAGUUUUCAUAUGACGUAUUGGCAGAAGAAUGUCUUGAUCGAUUGAAUGCUAUAUCGCCAUCGCAGAAUGGUGUCUUGCCAAGAAAUGAUAGCAACAGGGCUGCUUUAUCCUCUGUACCGGGUACAGAAGAAGAGAAGAAAGAGCCACUUCCGGUACCUAAGCGAGACCUUUAUGCUUUACUCGAAGAGCACCAUGAGUCCGAUCCCAAGCUUGCAGAGUUAUGGCGUGAGGUUCAUACUGUUCCGGAGUGGGUGGACUGGGACCAGAUUGCAAGAGGUCAGGAUGUGUUCUACCGGUACGGAGGACCUGCCUUGACUGGUCUCACUUUCCAGUCACUGUUAGGCGGUAUGGGUGCAGCACGAGUCGUCGAAACACUGGCCAGAACCGGAGGCUUCAGCACCAAGGUUGCAAGAGGCAGACUGUUUGAAACUACACAGCACAUCCUGCAAUGCACAAGGACCUUGGAAGGUAUCAAGCCAGGCGGAGAAGGCUUUGCCUCAUCGAUACGUGUCCGUUUUCUACACGCAGCCGUCCGGCAACGCAUCAUCAGACUCGCAAACGAACGGCCCAGCUACUUCGACGUAGACAAAUGGGGUAUACCAAUCAACGACUUGGACCAAAUCGCCACUAUCGGCACAUUUUCAUCGACACUGAUCUACCUGAGCUUCCCACGCCAAGGCAUAUUUCUCCGCCAGCAAGAGAUCAAUGACUACUUGGCGCUAUGGCGCUACAUUGGCUACCUCAUGGGUACACCUGAUGAAUGGCUCUCCACGCCUGCCAAAGCAAAGGCCAUCAUGGAGUCGAUACUCUACCACGAGGUUGAUCCCUCGGAAAUGUCCAAGACAAUGGCCAACAACAUCAUCUACGCCCUUAAGGAGGAGCCCCCCACCUUCGCAUCAGCAGACAUGCUCACUGCCAGCGCCCGUUGGCUCAAUGGCAACGAGCUGUGUGACCGCCUCGGUUUAAAGCGCGUAUCCUCAUACUAUUGGUCCCUUAUGGCAGGCCAGUGUCUCUUCUUCAUCUUUUACUGCUACACAUAUCGAUUGUUCCCCAAAGCUGAUCGCACAAGAAUCGAUCGUGCAAAGGAUAUCUUCUGGACCCUCAUUGUAAAGGCCAAGUGGGGGCUUGCUGGCACAGAGACGAGUUUUGACUUCAAGUAUGUGCCGCAGUAUGAUACGUUGACGCACCUGGGCGAUAUUGGGGAGAGGAAGCGGACUGCGCUAAGCAACGAGAUGCGGAAUCUGAAGGCGUUGGGCAUUGCGGUGGGGACUCUGGCUGUGGGGGUUCUGUUGAGUCUGAAGGUGGCUUCGGUUGUAAUUGGGAGGAUUUGGUAG